AUGAAAAUCAAUCGACCGUUAUCACCUCAUCUUACCAUUUAUAAGCCACAGCUUACUUCUACUUUUUCUAUUUUCCAUAGAAUUUCUGGGGCUUUCUUAGCCAGUAUGGUUUUUUUUAGUAUUCUUUUUCUGAAAAUAGGCGAUCUUAACCUUACUUCUUAUUAUCUUUACCGAUACGCUUUUUCCUUCACUUUCUAUUUCCAUUGGUUGAUUUCAAGCGUAGUCAAUUUCAGUUUAUUGGCCUUAUGUUAUCAUAUGAGUAAUGGAAUUCGUCAUUUAUUGUGGGAUCUAGGUUUUUUUCUAGAAUUAUCCAAAGUAUAUACUUCCGGAAUUAUUAUGUUAUUCUGUGCAGCUUUUUUAGCUGUAUCGAAUAUUAUCCGAUUCUAUUUCUCAUAA